CAUGGCCUCCCCUAAGAGCUUUCAGACCCUGGUUCAGCUGAAGCACAAACAAGGCACCUUAUUUGAAGUGGCCAGAGACUCCAUCAAGCUGCCCAAGUGGUUCCACGCCGAGUACCUGGAUGAGCCAAAGUCAGUGUACGUGGAGCCUUGGCUGUUGGAGAUGAUGUUUGGUAAGAACGGAGAGUACAUCCCACACGUCGAGUGUGUGACGCAUACUCUGAUUCACGUCAACCUGUGGGACCCUCAAGAGGACGCUGAGAUUCUGAUAUUCGGGCCGCCUGAUCUCCAAAAGGACGUUUUCCAGAUGAUCUCCAACUUGGUUGACUACUUCUACAAGGAAGCAAAGGAAAGGGAGGCUCAGGAGGCUAAAACACAGCCGGGUCCUGUCGAAGUCCCUAAGGCCCAGCCUGCUCCCUCGGAGGUCCGUGAGGCUGCUACCCAGAUGGAUCCCGUGGAGUUUUGUGAGGCCGCCACCCAGAUGGCUCCUGUGGAGGUCUGUGAGGCUGCAACACAGAUGGCUCCCUUAGAGUUCCAGGAAGCCGCCACCGAGAUUGCUCCCUUGGAGGUCCGUGAGGCUGCCACCCAGCCGUCCCGCAUGGAGUUCCGGGAAGCCGCCACCGAGAUGGCUCCUUUGGAGUUCCAGGAAGCCGCCACCCAGAUGGCUCUCUUGGAGGUCUGUGAGGCCGCCACCCAGCAAUCCCUCACGGAGUUUCAGGAGGCUGCCACCCAGAUGGCUCCCUUGGAGGUCUGUGAGGCUGCCACACAGGCGGCUCCUGCCAUGGUCCAUGAGGGUGUCGUGGAGCAGGCUCCCAUGGAGGCUGGUGAAACUGUCACCCAGCACACUUCAGGGGAGGCCCACCAGGAAGCCACUGAGCAGUCUGCCACUGAAGGUCCCGAGGCUCCCACCGGCAGCAUUCUGUAG